GCAAGGCGGUGCAAAUCAUAGCAGCCUCACAACAUCCCGCCUUGCGACUCUUUCCACUCCCGGAUUCAACUUGAACCUCUCAAUUCCUCUUUCUUCAACCACCACCACUCGAAUUCGCAAACGCAACAUUGAAACACAUACGGCUCAACACUUUUUGAAACUCGAAUUCCACUCACUAUUUCGCGCGCAGCAAAACAUCGCAAUGGCUGACACCAAGGUGACACCCGAGGUCCUCUGGGCGCAGCGCUCGUCCAACACGGACGCGGAGAAGAACUUCAUCUACCUGACCAUCAAGGUGCCCGACGUGCCCAAGGAGAACAUCAAGCUCGAGCUCGAGCCGACGAAACUGUCGUUCGAGGGCCAUUCGGACACGCUCAAGAAGACGUACCACGUCGACCUCGAGUUCUAUGCCGAGAUUGACCCCGCCGAGAGCAAGACGCACCACACGGCUCGCGAUGUCGAGCUGAAGCUGCGCAAGAAGGAGCUCAACGAGUCGUAUUGGCCGCGUCUGCUCAAGGACACCAAGAAGGCUCACUUCCUCAAGACCGACUUUGACAAGUGGGUGGAUGAGGACGAGCAGAACGAGGCGGCCGACGACGACUUUGCCAACUUUGGUGGCAUGGGUGAGUGAUCCUGCUUCCCCUUCCUCCCUCCCCGAAACGCAGGGCUUCGCUGCCUGGGGGAAUCGGCGCGCCGGUCGGGUCUGCCAAAAAUAAGAGAGACCCUCUCUGUCCAGACGGCCGUUGCUCCGUUGGCUCAACGCUCCGUUGGCUAAACAUGGCGUACCUGUCUCCAGCGGGACUACCAGGCAUGGGUGGUGGCGGCGACUUUGGCAACAUCGACUUCUCCAAGCUCGGCGGCGGCUCUGGUGUGCCCAACGACGACGACGACGACGAGGAUGAGUCAGACGACGACAUGCCGCCACUUGAGGGCGAGGAAGAGAACAAAAAGCCUGAGAAGGACGAGGACACAUCGAAGGAGGUCGUCACCGACUCGUAGAGCGAGUAAUCCGCCCGGACAAGGACGAAGCAAUGAUAUGGGUUAGCAAAAUUGGUUCACAUAUGG